AUGAACCACCAACCUUCCAUCUCGGAUUCGGAUGUCAUCGAUGGUCUUUAUAUGAAGUACCUCAAGUUCUUCGGCUUAUGGAAAGUCAUCAAUGACUACAGGACGACCGGGAAGAGGAACGCUAUAAUCAAAUUCCAACUAGCAAUGACACUCAUGGAUAUCUGUGGACUACAUCCUCUACCAUACAGGAAACAUGGAUGCAGUGACUACUGGCAAGAAGAAAAUCUUAGGAGGAUGGUAUCCUUUGCAGAUGGAUGA